UCGAGUACAUUACAAUAAGAACAAUAAUGGAAAAAACGUGGAUGUUUUAUUCCUGCAGACAAUAUUAAAAAAUAAUGCACCCUAACAUAAUGCUAUAGCUAUACAUCGUCGUUAUUAAUGCAAGAACAUUGUAGUCAGAGACUCAGAAUUCUGACGACAUAUUAUAUUUUAUCAUUGUUGGGGAAAGAUUUGCUAUUACGUUAAAUGCGACGAUAAAAAUAUGGAUUUAUUGCCGGUAAAUUUCUUUGUUUUUCGUUUCUGCGGAAUAUGGAAAGAACAUAAAGAUAGUAACUUGAUAAUACGUUUUGCAAUAUUUUGCUACAGAUACAUCAUUGCAAUUUUAAUAUAUCACUUAACGAUAGUUGAAAUAAUCGAGCUCAUACGUAUAAGAAACGAUGUGGAAUCUGUAACGGAGAGCUUAUUUGUUGUUUUAACUUUCAUGUCAUUGUGCCUAAAAUAUCUAAAUUUUUCGGUGCGACAGUGCGAAUUGCGUGCCUUAUUAGAUUGCUUUCGUACCAAAAUUUGUCAACCGAAAGAUUUUGCCGAAAAAUCGAUAUUAAAACAAUACAAUCGCAAAGCUAAAGAAAUCAGCUGUGUCUACAUGUUUAUGUGUCAAAUAACGGGUUUAUUGUUCCUCAUAAUGCCUCUACUGAUUCAAGACAAAAGAUCUUUACCAUUCAAGACAUACAUACCGUAUUCUACCACAACGUUACUUCCUUACGUAUUGACUUAUCUUCAUCAAAGCAUAGGUUUAAUUUAUAGAAUAUUAUUAAAUGUCUCUUUGGACUCAAUUGUGUAUGGUUUCAUUAUUCAUACUUGCGGACAAAUUGAACUGUUGUGCCAUCGAUUGAGACAAAUAUUUCAAUUUCUUCAAAAUAAUAAUGAAAAAAAUGCAAUUGCCAUUGAAAGUUUCGCUAUCGCAGAAUGCGUGAGACAUCAUAUUUUAGUUUAUAACAUUAUGUACAAGAUACAAUCAUUAUUUAUGUGGAAUGUUGCUGCUUUAUUCUUCUUCAGCCUCAUCAAUCUUUGUACCAACAUCUAUCAGAUGUCGAAAAAAAAGGUCGUUAGCCUGGAAUUCUUUUAUUUUAACAUGUAUUUAGGAUCAUUGAUGUUCCAAAUAUUUACAUUUUGCUGGUAUGGCAAUGAGCUUGACUUGAAGAAUAAAAAUAUCUCAUCCGCUAUUUAUACAAGCAACUGGAUGACAAUAUCAACAAAACAACGUAAAAGUUUGUUGCUUGUAAUAAUGAUGAGCCAAAAAGGAAAGAUACUUUCUUUCUAUGGAGUUUGCACGCUAAUUCUUAGCAGUUUCACAUGGAUUAUAAAAACGUCCUACUCUGCUUUUAAUUUGCUACAGCAAGCUUCGAUUUAGUACUUUCUACUUAUUCUUUAACAAAUGUAAUACUACUGCUUUAAUUAACAUAAU